AGUCAAAGCGCCGCUGACGCAGAAGAAGAAGACGUCGUCCUCCGCGCUGACAGUCCGCCAUGCUCACCCUGCUGCAGCUCAGCGGACGCAGCCUGCUGACUUCCAGGACUCUGCAGACGGUCAGGCUCGGUUACUACUCCACACACAUGGGGAAGCGCGUGGCUGUGGUGUUGGCGGGCUGCGGAGUUUAUGACGGCAGUGAGAUCCACGAGGCCUCCGCUGUUCUGGUCCACCUGAGCAGAGGAGGUGCGACUGUCAACAUGUUCGCCCCCAACAUUGAGCAGAUGCACGUGGUGAACCACCUGAAAGGAGAGCCGUCUGAGGAGAAGAGAAACGUGCUGGUGGAAAGUGCUCGUCUGGCCCGCGGAAACAUUCAGGAUCUGUCUAAACUCAGUGUCAAAGACCACGACGCUGUUAUAUUUCCAGGUGGUUUUGGGGCUGCGAAGAACCUGUGUACGUGGGCAGUGCAGGGGAAGGACUGCUCUGUUAAUGACGAGGUUAAGGCCGCCCUGCAGGCGUUCCACGGCGAGGGCAAACCCAUCGGCCUCUGCUGCAUCUCACCUGUUCUGGCUGCCAAGGUGUUUCCCGGCUGCGAGGUCACUGUCGGCAUCGAGAACGACGACAAGUACCCCGACACCGCCGGCACUGCAGACGCCAUCAACCAGCUGGGCUGCAAGCACGUGAGCAAGAGCGUCGGCGAGAGCCACGUGGACGAGAAGAACAAGCUGGUCACCACCUCGGCCUUCAUGUGCAACGCUCCCAUACACGAGAUAUUUGACGGAAUUGGAGCGAUGGUGAAGGACGUGCUGAAGCUUGCUUGAUUCCGCAGACGCUCCAAGGACGGUGGAAAUGGAACGAAACGCACGAGGGGCUGGCGCUUCAGUGAGCUUGACCGUAGCUGCCUGCUGAACUAAAUGAUGUGACAGUAACUGUUUGAUCAAAAGCACUUCCAGAUAUACAUGUUUGUAGUAGAAAUGUGCACCAUAUGGUCUGAUUUGUUUAGCAUUAAUAUCUGCUUAGCACAAUCUUACUGGAUUAUUUUCCAAUGCAGUGGAUCAGUUGAUCACAUAUUAGAAUAACAGCAGCAGGUGUGGUAUUGUACGAAAAAAAGUGCAAUAAAAAGUAAAAUUUCA